UUCCUGGAGACCGUCCGAAUGCGGAAGUUGGCGGCGGGAGAGGGGCCGUCGCCAUGAGCUGGAUUCCCUUCAAAAUCGGACAGCCCAAGAAGCAGAUUGUUCCCAAAACGGUGGAGAGAGACUUUGAAAGAGAAUAUGGAAAACUCCAACAGCUAGAAGAUCAGACCAAGAAAUUGCAGAAGGACAUGAAGAAGAGCACCGACGCUGACCUCGCAAUGUCCAAGUCAGCUGUGAAGAUCUCUUCAGAUCUGCUGUCCAAUCCUCUCUGCGAACAAGAUGAAGAGUUUUUGGACAUGGUGACGGCCUUAGACACAGCCAUGAAGCGGAUGGACUCUUUUAAUCAGGAAAAGGUGAAUCAGAUCCAGAGGACGGUGAUUGAGCCCUUAAAAAAGUUCGGCAGCGUCUUCCCCAGCCUCAACAUGGCGGUAAAGAGGCGGGAGCAGGCCCUGCAGGACUACAAGCGGUUGCAGUCGAAGGUGGAGAAGUACGAGGAGAAGGAGAAGACGGGACCGGUGCUGGCCAAACUCCACCAGGCUCGGGAGGAGUUGAGGCCGGUGAAGGACGACUUCGAAGCUAAGAACAAGCAACUCCUGGAAGAGAUGCCCCGGUUCUACAGCAGCCGUCUCGAUUACUUCCAGCCCAGCUUCGAGUCUCUGAUCCGGGCCCAGGUGGUGUACUACACCGAGAUGCGUAAGAUCUUCGGGGACCUGACCGAACAGCUGGACCGACCGGGCCAGACGGAUGAGCAGCGGGAAAGGGAGAACGAGGCCAAGCUGAGCGAGCUCCGAGCCCUCUCCAUCGUGGCCGACGACUGAAGUCCGGCUCUCCCCGGGACGUCGGCUCCUCCCGCUCCCUCUGGACUCUGCCCCCGCCCCACCGCGCCGCUCUUCCCACCGCACCGCGGUCGGGCUCGUCCCGGUGCCUUCCCGCCAUCCCCGGGGGCCAGGAGGACUCUAAACAGAACUGUCCGGCUGGGCCGGCUUCUCCCUCAGCUGCCGAAUCAGGGUAAGUGUGGUGAUAGGCGUGGUGGAAUUUUUUAUUUUCCGAAGAGCCACCUAACGUGAAACGUUUUAUAAACACGAGAGUUUCCCAGUCCGA